AUGAUAACUCCUUUCUAUGUAUCAAGCGGUAUAUUGGGCUCAUUAAAUUUGCUGCGAGCCAUAGCACCUCUUGGCUUGAAGUCGGUUCGUACUUCAUACAAAUAUGUUGGUGAAGCAGCGACAAGCGAUGGAACUCUUCAGGGUGAUAUUAAUCGAGGUUUUCAUACGCUAUUCUUUACGGAACUUUUUCGAGGGUUCGGAGUAAUGUUAGGGCAUUUUUUUGCUGAACCAGCUACUAUAAAUUAUCCUUUCGAAAAAGGACCCAUAAGUACGAGGUUUCGUGGUGAACACGCUUUACGCCGGUAUCCUUCAGGCGAAGAACGAUGUAUUGCUUGUAAAUUGUGUGAAGCAAUUUGUCCAGCGCAGGCAAUAACAAUAGAAGCUGAAACACGACCAGAUGGCAGUCGGCGUACAACUCGAUAUGAUAUAGAUAUGACGAAAUGUAUUUAUUGUGGAUAUUGUCAAGAAGCUUGCCCUGUUGAUGCCAUUGUCGAAGGUCCAAAUUUCGAGUAUUCUACCGAAACUCAUGAAGAAUUGAUUUAUAAUAAAGAAAAAUUGCUAUCAAAUGGUGAUCGAUGGGAACCAGAACUUGCUGCAAAUAUUCAAGCCGAAUACCUCUAUCGAUAA